AUGGGAAACGCUUCAACAACAUCUUCAACUCGUUCAACACCAAUACCCAAAAUGCACAGAAGACAUGUUAAAGACCACGUUUUGUCACCACAACAAAUGUUUUGUGUUGUUGACACGAUGACUCCAGACGCCAAAAUUGAACCAGAUGUACAACUAACCCCAUCACUUGAAAUAAAAAGCAAAAUCCACAAAAGAACAAAGUCCGACCACUUUCUUGUUAAAAGAGCCAAAAAAGCAAACUUUUUAAAACCAUUUUCAAAAGGAACAACACCACAUUUACACAAGAAACAAGAAAAUGUCUGCAGGUUUGUGGAAGAUUUAGAAGAUUUUGAAACAGCAGUUUUCAACAGAGAAAAAGACUUUGUCACAGAAGUUAUCAGAGAAACUGGUAACUCUGAUUCAGAUGUCAUUUUUGACUCAAGACUAAAUGGAAUGGACCAACGAGAAUUGAAAGCACAAAUAAUUGGCAAGGAGAAGUUGUUAUUUGUCUUUGUAUCAAAGAUGGGUGAUGUUUUUGGAUUCUACCAAAAAAGUUUGGUGUGUCCACAGAACAACCAAAAUGUACUCAACGCGACGUCAGACAACUUCAUGUUGUUUGGAAGGCCAUUUUCGUGGGAAGAUCCAAUAUUUAUCCAAAAAAAAGAAACGAAAAUGAAUGAAGAAAAGAAGACUUUUGUUAUCCACCAAGAUACCCACGGGAUGCUCCUCUCUUGCUUCUCUGCUUUUUGGGUUGGUACAAACGGGAAUGUAAACUUUAAUGUGUGCGCCAAAAGCUAUUAUGAAAUUCCACAGACUUACACAAACCCAUUUACUGGAAAAUCAAACUCAGAAAAAGUGGUUUGUGAAAAGAUUGUUGUUUUGAAAUGUUUUUAA